AUGUUUUUGUCGAGGAAGAUUGGAAGCGGCUUAGCUGGCCCGAAAGCAAAACCAACGAGGCUACUGGUCUCGGUAUUUUUUUUUCUCGUGGUUUUCCCCCCCCGGCGGUCCCAGGCGGGAAGCACAGACAAAGUAACUGAAGUAAGUACCCUCCAGGUACCGAUCCGCCUUGUAACAGGCUUGAGAGGUACCGCCCAGCAACAAAGAAGGUUAAUUGUAUCGGAUGAAUGGAGGGCAAGGCAAAUAAACAAGGCACGUUUGGAUCCGACGCUUGAGGCAGCAAUGGGUGGAGAGAGUAGAGAGACAGACCCUUCGAAGCUGGAUGCGGAAGAAGAGAUCUAGACAGAGAGAGAGAGAGAGAUAGAACGAUCACUCUUGAGGGUUGACUACUCAAGGAAGCCAUCCCAAUCACUUCCCCUCAAUCAUCUUCCACUGCUCUUCCAAUUCCAUGCCUGAUAUGCCCUAUUUCAGGUGGUAAUUCGAGGAAGAAGAGCACUCAGUAAC